UGAUUCAGCGCUGAAAUUGAAAUAUUUGAAAUUGGAACUCUAGGCAGGGAGACGAGGUUGGGGCAGUGACGGGUAUUUCUGGGAGAUCGGCGGAAGGUGUUUACGUGACAGAACCGCAGUGAGUUUGCGAUUGUUUUGCCGUAUUUCUUUAUUGCUCUUCCUAUUCUGCCUGUUUCCAGUCUAAAUUGAAAUUACUAUCAGGUUAUUGAGGGCAAUAACUCUGGCAACCAUGAACACUUAUCAGACCCUCAGGAAUAUUUCUUUUUUGAGUCAUUCUUUGAAGAUGGAGACAAGACGUCCGCCUCUGAAGCGUUUAUGUCCAGACUCUGGAAAUGAAUCUCCUAGGAAGAAACGUUUCACAACACUAGAAGACGAAUCUGAGAACUGUGACCCAAAAUUUUCUGAAGGGUCAGAGUUUGUCUCCAGAGCAAGCUGGUCUUCCCUACUACGAAUAGCAGAAAAGGAAAUAAAACCAGACACUCCGGCAAUCCCUUCUAUAAGAUCCAGGAUACAGAUGCUGACAGACAUAAGCAAAGAUGUGAAGCAAGACCCUGAAGGUUUUUCUGAUGGACUAGGUGAAAAAUCAUGGACAGAUAACUUACAGGAUUCAUCUCUGUUCUCAGAGCCUGAAAAGAGGAGAGAAACUGAAGAGAUUAAAGGUCAUCCAGAUGUGCGUUCUGUGUUAGAGAAAUUCGAGUGGAAACCAGAUUUUGAAAAUAAUCUGCCUCUGCCUUUGGCUGAGAGCACAAUUGCUCGUCGCAGUCAUCAUCAGUGUGAGGAAGAUGAGCCUUCAAGUGAGGGAACUGUUAGACGCCUUCGCAAGGAGCGGGAUGAGGAGCUGGCUAUGGUGUGCUCAAUGCUUGAUCGCAAAAAUCCCUGGAGAGCAGAGUCCAUGAGACACAGUCAAAAGCAGAAUGUUGAUCAGUUAAAUACAGAUUAUGCAAAAGAAAGGAGAAAGAGGAGAAGAGUGAAAACAGGUCGUGGAAAUGUAAAAAUGGGCCCCAUCCAUGAUACAGAGACUGACUCAGGUGCAUCAGACUCUGGGGAACUGUCUCUGGAAGGUAGUGAAGGGGUGCUAGAUAACUCAGAUGAUCGCUAUAUUUCUUCAUUGGAGGUCAAACUUCAGAGCACUCUAAACUCUGAUUCAUGUGAUGGAGGCAUCCCAUUGCAACAAGAGGGCACAAUGUCACCAUCCUGUAAUCCACAAGAGGCAAAAGAUCCAAAUCAAGGUAGGAUUUAUUCUGAUGACUCUGAAGAGGUCAGGGGCCAGGUAACAAUGGAUAAUUCCGCAUUCAUUGACCGUUUGUUUGAAGGGGUCCUUGACAGCAGCAAUGAAUCAGCAUAUGAAUUGUCAGAGAGAGAGCUGGAUUUACCCCCAGUCUCUCUAUUAUCUCCUCUCACUAAGUCUAUAGCUCUGCAGGCAGCCAUCAGCCCUUUGAAUUCUGUUGUAUCCAGUUUACCUGAGUUGCUGGUGGAACCUCCAGUCACACCAGUGCCAAAUACUCGAGAUGACUCUCCCCUCCUCUACAGCAUUGAUGCUUAUCGUACUAUGCGGAGAAAUGCGCAAGGGGAGCUUGCUUUGCAAACCAUUACAAAGAUGAACUACCUUUCCCCCGAGAAAACUCUCAAAGCCCAAGUUGAUGGAGACUCAAAAGAAAAAAUAAAGUUACUAAGUAAGGAAGUUUCAGCACUCCAGCGUAUCGUAGAGCAAGCUUGUCGUGCACUGAGCUGCUGUGUGGAUGCUGAGCAUGGGAAAGGAACCCGGCAAGAGGCUGAAGCAGAACGGUUACUGCUGGUGUCCAAUGAGAAGAGGAAGGCACUGCUAAAGGAAAUAGACAGAUUAAGGGGAGAAAGUGCAGAAGAACCUUUAUCUUGUCCCUCUUCAGGAAACUUAAAGCCUUGCAGGGGUUCUGUUACAGUCACUGACAUUCGGCUUCCCCUGAAGGUUGAUUAUGUGUGCUCAAACAUUCGUGAAUCAGGCUAUCCAAGCCACUACUUCCUGAUACUCAUACGUUUUGGAUCACAUGACAUUGUGGCCACACCUCUUGCAAGUGCUGCUGAUGCACAGACAGGGGAUACAAUCCCAUUUCCUACAACAGUUACUUUGAAAGACAUAUCAUCUGAUUUCAAAAUCGAUAUAGAGGUUUACAGCCUGGCACAAGGGGGAGCAAUUACAAUAAUGGACAAGCGUAAAACUUUAAAGCCUAAGCUCACUCCAAAGAAACUUCUUGGCUCUAGGAAAUCAAGUUUGAAUUCCCCUGGUGAGUGGCAGUGCCCUGAUGGCGCUUAUAGUCCUGCUGUUGGCAACAUUGUGAGAUCCAGUAACUUCCUACUUGUUGGAUCCCUGACACUUUCUUUGGACUCUCUGGGCAAGUUUAAGUUUCCUCUUGAAAAGAUGAAGUUGGAAGGCAAACUCGGGCGCAUUCUUGGGAAUCAUUUUCAGGAUAAGGUUCCUUUCUUAUCACCACUAGAGGGAAACCUGUAUAUUAAGCUGCAGUGCCAGAGUCACUCAACUGUACAACGCAGUGGCUUCCUUACGAUGUUUGAGGAUGUUAGCGGUUUAGGAGCUUGGCACAGACGCUGGUGUGUGUUGUCCUUAAACCAGCUAUCCUUCUGGACAUACCCUGAUCAGGAGGCAUUAAAAGAACCAUUGAGUCGAAUAAACCUUGCAAACUGCACUAGUGCCAAAAUUGAACCAGCAAAAAGGGAGGUAUGUGCCCGUCCCAACACCCUGGAACUGAUCACUAUGAGGCCACAGCGAGAAGAUGACACAGAUACCUUGGUAACCCAGUGCCGCAACACCCUAUGCUUCACCAAGAACUGGCUGACUGCUGACACUAAGGAGGAACGAAACCAGUGGAUGGAGGCUCUGAACCAAGUUUUGGUAGAUCUUCGAACAUGGAAAUGUGGUUCUGCAAGGGUCUCUCCCCAGAAACCACUGCAGUCUCCAAACUCUUAAUCCACACAAGGAAAAGAUUGCUAACUUUAGCAACGUUGUUUUUACUGCAUAUUAAGUUGUAUUUCAGCAUCUAAGCUCUUAUUAACUUCUCAAGAAAUGUAUUGACUAAGCUGCUAGACUUUCUCAAAAGAUUUGCUUGCAGUGACCAUUUUUAUCCCUUUUUUCCUGUUCCUUAGGUCUGCUGCACAGUAACACUUUCAGGCACUUUAACAAGGUCAUUUAAAAAUCACAUUUGCCAUUCUAUCAUCUCUACCAGCAUCAAAUGAACUUGUUGGGGGGGGGGGUGUAAAUGAUGCAAAUAUUGUUUGUUACAAUUGCCAAUUGUUCUGUGGGUUAUUGAGGAAAAGAGAAACAAAGGGUACUGGCGUUUGAAGUUCAACUUGUGCAGUGCCACAUACUCGCUUGUUUAGAAGGUACUUUUCUGCAUCGCUUUAUAGACCCUAUUACUUUAUAAUGAAGGUUAUAUUGUAGAAUUUUUAUUUUAACUCUAAAACUGCAGUUAUCAGUUUAGUGAAUGCCUUAGUCUCUGUUUUCCAUGGUGCAAUGUAAUCACCCAUGUAUUUUUGGGGUCUGUAUUGGAAACUAACUGUUAAAGAUAUAUAGGUAUAAUAUAUUAAAAUCUAAGAUGAGCCUCACUUUAUAGGUAUCUGGUUAGCAAAUGGUUUGUCUCACACAGUUUGCACUUUAUUUCUGCUCAGAAGAAAAAUAUUCUUGUUUUGAUACCAACCAUUUAGUAGUCAAAUGUCUUUCCCUUGGCCAACAGCACUGCCUGGCAGAAUCCAUUACACAAGUGGUAAGGACAUAAGAGCAAUUUUGAGUGUGCAUCUUUUGCUUUGAACAACAUUUUUUUGUGUUCAUCCUAUGCUAAGGUUACCAGAUCACAUGCAAAAUCAGGAGCAUGUAAAUGCAAGUUACUGGGCAGCAGUUAAAAUGGUUACUUCUAGAUCUUCUAGUGGGAUAUGCUCUGUAUCCCUGAUUUUGUUUUUUCAAUGUACGUGGUAACUUUCUCUUACACUACACCUAUCACCUAUACAUGUUUUAUGUUGAUGUAUUUUUUUUGUCUGUAGAUGUGAUUCGUACAAUCAUAUAAUGAACAGAUAAAUCCAAACACUAUGUACACUAAUGACAACUGAUUAUUUGUGAUUUUAAUGUAAUGUUGCUUAUAAAAUAAAUAAUUCAAAAAACA